GCGACCAAGAAAUCUCGCGAGAGCUACAGGCCUCUGCCCUUGCGCGCAGGAAGCCGGCGGGGUGUUCCGUGCGGGUCUCGGGGUGGGCAGCCAUGGCGCGGAUGCUUCUUCACCGGUACUGGGACAUCCCCGAGGGCACUGAGUGUCACCGCAAGGCGUACGCCAGCACCAGUAUCGGUGGUGCCGUUGGCCUGAUCGCCUCUGCCUACAGCGUUGCACUCAACCCCCCUGGUUCCUUCCUGGAAGGAGUGGCCAGGACAGGACGAUACACAUUUACCGCAGCUGCCAUCGGCGCCGUAUUUGGCAUCACCUCCUGCGUCAGUGCCCAGGUCCGAGAGAAACCCGACGACCCCCUAAACUACUUCAUCGGAGGCUGCGCUGGAGGCCUGACCCUGGGAGCACGAACUCACAGUUACGGGAUCGGAGCUGCUGCCUGCGCGUACAUGGGCAUGAUGGCUGCCCUGGUGAAGAUGGGCCAGCUGGAGGGUUGGAAGGUGUUCGCAGAACCCAAGGUGUGAGCCCCGCCGCCCCCCGCACCCUUGAGCAGGUGGAAAUGCGCCUAAAAAUAAAUUCUGUGUAUAUUUUUGU